AUGUGAGUUUCACUUCCGGCCAAAAUCGAAAAUGGCAGACGCAUUUGGCGAUGAUCUUUUUAAUGUUUUUGAUGAAGAUUCAACUUCUGUUCGACCUGUUCCGACAGUAGAAGUUGAAGAAAAGGAUGAACAGUCGAUUGACAAGAGUAAAAAUGAUGAUGGUAAAAGGGCAGAAGAGCUCUUACGUAGUAUCGCAAAUAAGAGACCAGCCACAGAAGAAGCUGACGAUGGGGAGGAUCAGCAAACAAAGAAAUCAAAAACAGAGGGGACAGGAAGUCACUUAGAAGUAAUGCAGAGAAUCCAGGUUCACACCGUGGAAACUGUAGAAGCCUGCUUGCAUGAGGUUGCCAUUCCUCCCGAGGAAGAGUUUGUCCCCUUGAAACCUGUGAGCACAGAACCAGCCAAGACAUACCCCUUCAUACUGGAUCCCUUCCAGAAAGAAGCUCUUCUUUGUUUGGAAAAUAACCAGUCAGUACUGGUCUCUGCCCACACAUCAGCUGGCAAAACUGUUGUGGCUGUUUAUGCCAUAGCCAUGUCUUUACGUGACAAGCAACGUGUGAUCUAUACAACACCUAUCAAGGCAUUGAGUAAUCAGAAAUAUAGAGAAUUGUUUGAGGAGUUUCAGGAUGUAGGUCUUAUGACUGGAGAUGUUACAAUCAACCCAACAGCUAGUUGCCUCGUCAUGACAACAGAGAUUUUACGUAGUAUGUUGUACAGAGGUUCUGAGAUCAUGAGAGAAGUUGGCUGGGUUAUCUUUGAUGAGAUCCACUACAUGAGGGAUAAAGAGAGAGGGGUUGUGUGGGAAGAGACAAUCAUUUUACUACCAGACAAUGUACACUAUGUCUUCCUGUCAGCUACUAUACCAAAUGCCAGACAGUUUGCUGAAUGGAUAUGUCAUCUUCAUAAACAGCCGUGCCAUGUUGUAUAUACAGACUACAGACCAACUCCACUACAACAUUACAUAUACCCUGCUGGGGGAGAUGGUAUACACUUAGUUGUUGAUGAAAAUGGAGAGUUUAGAGAGGAGAAUUUCAACACGGCCAUGUCUGUCCUCAAAGAUGCUGGAGAUGCUGCCAAAGGGGAUAGUAAAGGAAGAAAAGGAGGAUUUAAAAACCAAGAGACGAACUGUUUUAAGAUAGUGAAGAUGAUAUUAGAGAGACAGUUUGCUCCAGUGAUUGUGUUCAGCUUCAGUAAGAAAGAUUGUGAGGCCUAUGCAUUACAGAUGACCAAGCUAGAUUUCAAUACAGAUGAGGAAAAGGACCUUGUACAGGAAGUGUUUAACAAUGCCAUUGAUGCUCUCUCAGAUGAAGAUAAAAAACUGCCACAGGUGGAGCAUGUGUUACCUCUGUUAAAGAAAGGUAUAGGCAUACAUCAUGGUGGCUUGCUGCCUCUGCUCAAAGAAACCAUAGAAAUUCUCUUCUCAGAGGGUCUUAUCAAGGCAUUAUUUGCUACAGAAACAUUUGCUAUGGGGUUGAACAUGCCUGCAAGGACAGUUUUAUUUACAAGUGCAAGGAAAUUUGAUGGGAAAGAUUUCAGAUGGGUAACAUCAGGGGAGUACAUACAGAUGAGUGGGCGUGCUGGUAGGCGUGGCUUAGAUGACAGAGGUAUUGUGAUCCUGAUGAUUGAUGAGAAAAUGCCGCCAGCUGCUGGGAAACUGGUUUUAAAGGGUGCAGCAGACCCAUUGAACAGUGCCUUCCAUCUAACAUACAACAUGGUAUUGAAUUUACUGAGAGUAGAAGAGAUCAACCCAGAGUACAUGCUGGAGAGGUCAUUCUAUCAGUUUCAGAACUACGCAGCUAUACCUGAUCUCAUUGAAAAAUUAAAGCGAACUGAAGAGCAGUACAAUAACUGUGAAGUGGCGAAUGAAGAUCAGGUCUCAUCCUACUUUAAGAUCCGGCAACAACUAGAUCAUCUUAGUAAGGAGCUACUGACCUAUAUACAGAAACCCCAGUACAUUCUACCCUUUCUACAACCUGGUAGACUUGUGCAUGUGAAAAAUGGGCCAGAUGAUUUUAGUUGGGGGAUGGUUGUAAAUUUUCAAAAGAAAGCGAAUCAGAGUAAGACCUCAGAUGAUGGACCUGUGUAUAUAGCUGAAGUGUUAGUGAACAUGACAAAAGAAUCAGCAAAGUCUCGUAACUCUGCAUUGGUUAAACCAAGUCCUGUAGGUGUGCUAGGGGAGAUGCAGGUUAUUCCAGUAAUGUUACAUCUAAUACAAGAAAUAAGUGCAGUGAGACUCUACCUUCCGAAAGAUCUCCGUCCAUUCGAUAAUCGGCAGAGUGUCGGCAAAUCUAUACAGGAAGUACAGAAGCGAUUUCCGGACGGUUUGCCAUUGUUAGAUCCUGUAGAAGAUAUGGGCAUAAAGGAGAAGUCGAUGAAAGAUGUUGUCAAGAAAAUUGAAGCAUUUGAACACAGACUGUACUCACAUCCUUUGAAUAAAGAUCCGAAGUUGGAGGAGUGGUAUCAUCAGUAUGAACAGAAAGUUAAGGUAGCCAAUGAGAUUAAAGCUAUAAAAGCAGAGUUGAAGAAAAAGAAAUCCUUAUUACAAAUGGAUGAACUAAAGUGUAGAAAAAGAGUGCUUAGACGUCUUGGGUACUGUACAGCAUCUGAUGUGAUAGAAUUAAAGGGCAGAGUAGCUUGUGAAAUUAGCAGUGGAGAUGAAUUAAUGAUAACAGAGUUGUUAUUCAAUGGUGUAUUCAAUGAUCUGACAGCACAGCAGGCCUGUGCAUUACUCAGCUGUUUUGUGUUCCAAGAAGGCUCAAAUGAUGUUCCUAAACUUACAGAAUCUUUGUCAGGUCCACUCAGAUUGUUACAGGAUACAGCGAGAAGAAUAGCUCGAGUGAGUAAAGAGGCGAAACUAGAGAUAGAUGAGGAAGAAUAUGUAACUUCAUUUAAACCAAAUAUGAUGGAUGUAGUCCAUGCCUGGUGUAGUGGUGCUAGCUUCUUCGAGAUCUGUAAAAUGACGGACAUAUUUGAAGGCAGUAUUAUUAGAUGUAUGAGAAGAUUGGAAGAAACUUUGAGACAGAUGGUACAGUCAGCAAAAGCCAUAGGAAAUACAGAGUUGGAAAAUAAAUUCAAUGAAGGUAUAAGAAGUAUGAAGCGAGACAUUGUAUUUGCAGCCAGUUUGUACUUGUAGUGCAGAAAUGGAAAAUGGAACAAUACAUUGAACUGCUGUGUGGUACAUAGUGCCAAGGAAAGUAAAGUUGGUGAAAUGCUGAGUUAGCUUGGGUUGUCUCCCUUCGUUAACCGACCACAACCUCUUGCUUUAAUAUGAGUCGUUGGUGAUCAGUGAACAAAGAAAUAGCUGCUAGAUAUCAGUCACCAGACUGCCAGAACUCACCACCAUCUUCUCAGGAAAGAUUAUUGCCAGGUGUAAGGUUAUUCUUACAAGGGAGAGGGUUGAAAUAGAGCGUGAAAAUUUAUGUGUUUCAUAACUUCGGUAAGAAGUGAUUCAUUUUAACUUGGAAAGAAACACUUGAGCAGAUACAUUUAGAUUUUCUGACAGAUCUGGUUCAGCAAUAGAAUGUAUGUUUACAUCCUAUAGACAACUACUUGGACGGACAGAGAAUAGAAAAUGAUAAUGCAUUAUUUUGUUACAGAGUGCUUAGUUUUAAUUGAACAAAUGCCUUUAAUUUGUUCAUUGUGCCCAUGCACUACAAGAAGGGUGGUACGCUUCAAAUUAUUUUUUGGUUUUCUCUGUUUUUAUGCAGAAAGCAGUCAUAAAUAAAUAUGUUUUAACUGAUAAUGUUCCAUUUGUGAAAGGUCUGUGAUAAUGAUAUUCUGAAAGUAAUUCAUUUUCCAGGAUCCAAAUGUUUGGAAUCAAAAACAGUAAUACCUUGAAAUUAAUUGAAAAAUGAAGGGCAUAAUAAAGCAUAUUUCAGAGUCACAGCUAGAUUGUACUGUCUUUAUGCAGUUAAGUAUAUAGUAUGUGCUAUAUAUCGUUGUAAAUACCAUAUCAUUAUAAUAACAUGUGUUUUAAAUAUGUCGUUACUUGUACAAAAACUUAUUAAAGAAUCAGUUGUGAAAGGUU